AUGGUUUUAUUCCCAAGAACUGGUCUUGGACGAUUUUUAUUAUUGGUUAUUAUUAUAUCCACAAUAUCUUAUCUCGUUCUUAAUUUAGUUUCAUUUGGAGGAAAUUCAUGGAUAACAUAUACUGAUGUUCCAAUUCGUUUUGGUCUUUGGAGAGUUUGUGAUAUGUCAACACCAGGCUAUUGUAAUCAAUGGUUUGAUGAUAUAUACAUAUCAAAUGUAACUUCUAGUACAUUUCCUGGAGGAAAACCAGGUUUUAUUCGAAGUAGUCAAGCAUUAGAAAUAAUAUCUUUGAUAUUUUAUAUAUUUGCUGCUUUUCUUAUUAUACUUGGUAUUAUUAAUCUUGAUGGAUUACCAUUUGAAAUAAUGUUUCUUGCUGCUGCUGUUCUUUUAUUUAUUUGCAUUAUAUUUCUAUCAGCAACAUUGGGUGUGAUGUCUGUUCAAGGUCGCAAUAAUCAUCCAUUAGCUUUUCUUGAUUGGGCAUGGUGGAAUGGCCUUGUUGGUCUUAUAAUGACAAUAGUUACUUUUGCUGCAUUAAUUGGUUUAAUUAUUGAUAUGAGAUUAUCUCCACGAAAUAAUGAAACAAAAAAAAUGAAAAAACUUUCAAAAAAAAAAAAAACUUUUUAUGGUCCAUCUGCAUCUCCAACGUCAAUCACUGCUAUGUCACCACCGAUUUUUCCACCACCUUAUUAUUCACCACCACAAAUACCUCCAAAUGUAUCAUCAAGUCAACCAAUAAAUUAUCCAUAUAAUCAAGGGCACAAUUAUCAAUAUUCGAAUGAUUAUUUUAAUUUACCAGGAAAUAAUUUCAAUAAUUCUUUCGGAAACAAUCAAAUGCAAUACGGAGGUCAAUAUCCUUCGGGAGAAUAUAAUUACAAUCAAAAUCCAUCACCUCUCCUAUCAUCAUUAGUUCUAGAUUAUGCUUUACGUGCUGCCGAUGCUCAAUUUCAAAGUGAUGCACUUCAAUCAUAUUAUUUUAAUACUUAUCUUUAG